AUGCGUACUAUCAUUAAAUUGGUGCCAGCAAGCCAGGAUCCAGACGAUCUUUCGCAUAUUGAGGCCCGUAGUCGCCUAAUUGGCUUGAUGGACUGCAAAAGUGUAGCUGAUUUUCGGAAAUUAGCUAUACUUAUUAAAAAACAUACGCCGGAGCUUGAGGGAUGGAUACGCCACAAGCAGAUCGAUGUGAUUGCAGCUGGUAUUUGUAAAGCAUGCUCACCAAUGAAUCCUGAAUUCUUUGAAGAUGCCCGGAAGCAUACAAAUGCAGUGGAGCAAAGCCACUAUAAAUCCUACCAUAUGGGUACACAGGAUACGCUACUUUCUGCAGUCAUAAAGUCUAGGAUUCUCGACAGAAUAGAUAUGGAUCAAUACCAUAACCGUAUCACUUUCGAUAUUAAGCGCUCCUAUCAUGCAGAUGAUAUGGAGUCACGGUUUAGAGCAAGUAUACGUCGGGAGGAAUUAAAACGACAAAAACGCUACGCUGUCCAAGAAGAUGAUAUAGCCCCUGAAAAAGGAGCUUCAUGA